AGAAAUAAGCCUGGGCCCAGUUCGUUCAAGAUGCUAACUACCACUGCCACUGCGAUACUUCUGAUUGUGCAGUAUAUAUCACCAACAUAUGGCGAAUGCUUUGAUGCCGUUCUCGAAGAUACUAUCGUGGAAGCCCAUAACAACCUUAGACAUGAUGUUGCCAUCAAAAAUCUGAAUACGAAAGUGUACGGAGAUAUACCAGGAUCGAAGAGUAUGUUUAACCUGGAAUUCGACUGCGGCUUCGCAUAUCUUGCCGAAGCACUUAUACCGAAGGACUGCCUUGGACCAGCUCUCGACUAUUCUUCGAUGGGAUAUGGCACUAAUUUUAGAAAGUUCCGCACACCUAAAAAGGUUGACGAAUCUGAUCACGAUUACCUCAAGGGAUAUUACGACAUAGUCGUACAUGAAUGGGCCGCGAAGGAUAUCGUUCCACUUGGUUCUGACGUGAUCUUCAAGGAUGUACGCAUGCAGGCUUUCGCCAAUAUGGUUUAUUACAAAACUAUUGCGUUUGGAUGCAAACACAGAACCUGUGAUGAUACCACUUUUGCUAUCGCAUGUGUUUACGAAUCACUUCCAAAAACUGGUGAACCGCUUUUUGAACCAAAUCCACAACCGAAAAAUAAAAAAGGAUGUACGGCACAUAAGACUUGCAAACAAAUUAGACCAGAAGCCAAAUGUAUGCAAAAUCCAGAUGGCACCUUGGGACCUCUCUGCGUGCUCCACGACAUUACAACCACGUCGUCUACAGAUUCUACUUCGAAUCGAAGCUGGCUAAAGGACUCAUUGAAAACGCAGAUAGAGAAAAAUUUUCGCGUAGCCAAGAAUAUGAAUGAAAUGCGAUACGAUAUGACCCUCGAAGCAGAAGCGCAAGUCGCAGCUGAUAAAUGCGAAGCCACCGAAAACGUGAUAUCAGAGAAUGGUCAAAUUGCUCAGCUGAGAACAGACGUAGCAUCAUUAUCUGAUAUGGAAACGCAAGAUGAAUGGUUUUCGCAAAUAGAAGAAAUUAAGAGCUACAUCAAUUUUGCUAUGCGUUUUAGUAACACCUUGAAGAACAGGGAGGAUGCACCACUCGCAUUUACUCAGGUAUCUCUCAAAUGA